CAUUGAAUCUGAAACCCAAUUUUGAUGAUGAUGAUCAGUGGCAAACAUGGGUUGAUCAUGAGGGAUUUGAAAGCAACUACUACUACUAGCUGUUGGAUCAAACAUUGAUGAAGGAUCUUGUUGUUGUUGCAAGUUGUUCAAUUCCAUUUCAGUUUUUCUCUCCUCUUGACCUUCUUCCAUUCCAAGAGUAGUACCAAAUGAUGUAGGAUACGAAUAUUCUUCCCCAAUAUAUUCGAAACCCAAACAACCAUCUCCUUGCUGUUCAAACUGCUCAAAUUUUUGUCCAGGUUUGUUGCAUUUCUGAUCUACUUGUUUUACAGACUCAAAGAAGCAGUCUGAGUAAACAGUAAACGAACCAUCAAUCUCUCUGUUUUUAGUUCAAGCAUGACUUGAGAGAGCAUUUUUGGAAGUGAAUAGUAACUAUAUACUGUGACUUGAACUCUUACCUAUUAGGAAGAAAGCUGAAAUCACCAGGUAAUAUUGUUUGCUGGUUACUGUUAUCAGGAAGCCAAGUCAUGGAGUGAGCUUCUUGCAUAGUAUUAUUACCUCCCAUCACCAAGGGCAACUGUAUCCCGCUUUGAAACUGCAGUUUUAAGGCUUUGGUCAUCUCAUGAAGACAGAGAGUAUGUGAGAAUAUAAAGUUCUCACAUUGAGGAUUUGACUGGGACAUAAUAAUAUAUAAAAGACUUGAGCCAAUCCACUUACACUCACUUACCGCCAAUUAGUUUUAAGUUGGAAACCCAAAAAAGUUAGUGAGAGAUGGAGAACAAAUUGCUUUAACCUGUGUGGUUAUACAUUAUACUGGCAAAAGUUGGUUCUUUCCAUAAUGUUCCUGCAAAGUGAAGAAAACCUUUUUUUUGUAAAUGAUGCUCAUAUGAUGGAGUUGAACGGAGAAUAAACUUCACACACCUUGUAAAACUGGACUUUUUCUAUAGAUUUCCUCAAUGAUUUUCCAAUAAAAAGAGGUGCUCAGUGUUUUCUAUUCUAUUGAUAUUUGUCCAACAACUCAAAACUGCCACCAUAAGAAGAAGAAGACUCAAAUAUUGACUGAAACUAAAUUUCAAGAUAGUUGAAAAACUAAAGAAAGUAUAAUAUUUUCACACCUUAGGCCUUAGCCUCCUAUGAAACUCCAUAAGCUGAGCUUGGAAAAUGGCUACGUAGUUACUUCGACCCUGUCGUGGUGGUAAAGGUAACAAAAACUUUAGCAAUCUGACUCAGAGAGCUUUAAAAGUAUCUAACAAAAUUCAAGAAACCAUGAUGGUUGAUACAUACCUUGAUAGUUGAUUCCUGCAACAUAAAAGAGAAGACACCAUCCCAGAGGCUUAUUAACGACAAAAGUAUGGUUAGUAGUUAUAUGAAGUCAUAGCAAGUACCUUGCUCUUAAAAACUCAUGUAUGUUUACAUCAUGAUCAAGCUUUCUUAGAAGUCUUCUUUAGUGCCUGCAAUGGAGCAAAAACAAAUAAGCUCAGAUAUGUCAAACAAAACAAAAACGUUGAUGAGAAAGUAAGUAAUCAGGUUAUUCUUUACUUCAAGGCUCUCCAGCUUCCUGUUACGUCAAAAAAAUACAACACUUUAUUUUAGUUCAAUAGCACAAAUUAGAUGAUAGGGUUGAGACUUGAGAGCAAUCUAUACUUUUACAUAAUAAGGCUUACCAUACCUUUUUCAUUUUUGUCCUUUCUUACGGAUUAGUUAAUUGAGCAAACUUAUAAAUAACCUCUCAGCGCAUUAUGUCAUAUAUAUUUCAAUUUGUUUUUGUUUUUGUUUUUAUUAUUUCAUUCCUAUUUGUCCUUUCUCGUUUAAUCAUUGUGUCAUUUAUAUUUCAAUUUGUUUUUGUUUUUAUGAUUGCAUUCCUAUUUAUAACACACAGAAAAAAAAUGUGAAAGGGAGAGAACAUAGUAGUUGCAAAAAAAGGAAAGAACAUAGUAAAAAAGGGAAACUGUUAUUCUGUCGUCUGUAAGAAAAAGGGAAUUAUAAAUCGUCUUGAAAAAAAGGAAAUUAUAAAUCGUAUUACUAGGUUAUACUAAAAAAAAUACUGUUAGGUAACCGACUAAAAACGUUAGAUAAAAACUAGUGCUUGUGUUAUAAAUAAGUCACCCUAGAACAAAUCAAGUUCAUCGAUUCAGUUUCUUUUUCAGAGCGACUAUCAAAAAGAAAAAAAAGCGUUAAACUCUGUUUCUUCGACUGAUAUUUGCUUUCGUGAGUAGUCAUGAAACACAGAUUAUCCCACGAAAUAGAUAACUACCCUGAACCAGACGAUGUGGGCACAAUCAGAGUAACGGCAAGGAUCUUUGGCCAAGAUGAUAACUCGACGUUCACGACUCUGUCGCUUGCAAGAGACUUCAUAGAGAACGACGAGUGUAAAAGCAAAGAAGACUUGAACUACUUCUUGUUGGAAGCUGGAAUCAACGAAGAUGUUACCAAUAAUUCGACACUAGAGCUAGUUGUCUAUGUUGAUGAGGUGACGUGCCCCGCAAGUAUCGAGUAUUCUCCUGGAUGUGCUUUGAAAGUUCAGUUGGAUCUUAUUCCUGAUUAUCUCGAUGAUGAUGAUGACUCUGAGAUUCAAGAAGCUGCUCAAGUCUCGUUUGAUGAUACUAGCAGUAUCCGGUUUCGACCAGCUAGCAAGCUCGUUGUCAAGUCGCUAACCAGGAAAAUAUACAACAAGAAGAUUAAAAAGAAAAAGAAGAAGAUGGUUAGCUUGGAAGAGUGCAGGAUCUGUUUGCAAGACUUUAACAAUGGAGGAAUGGUUGUGACUUUAUCAUGUGGACAUGAGUUUGACGAUGAGUGUAUCGUAAAGUGGUUUGAGACCAGUCAUGUUUGUCCGUUGUGUCGUCUCGAGUUGCCAUGUCAAGAUGAACUAUAGCAUGUCAAGAUUGUAGGGUUGAACUUCGGUUACUUACUGUAAUAAAUCAUU